AAUGAUAUUAUCAAAAAUGUUUUAAAUAUCGUUUUGUUUUUAAACAAUCUUAUGUUGUGUUCUUAUGGAUCAAAUCACAGAAUUGCAUCGUUCGGCUAUGAAAGGCAAUCUCAGAGACUUUCAGGGAUUGCUCGACAGAAAGUCAAUGAUUACGGCCAGGGAUCAGAUCGGAGCCACACCUCUUCAUAAGGCCGUACUCUACGGACACUACGAAUUGGCUGAAUAUAUCGCCACAAACUUUCCCGUCACUCUCGACGCCCGCGACAAU